CCUCCCUCUAGCGCGUAAUCUCUUCCGGUUGAAAAUCUGUAGCGCUGCUCCACUCACCAGCACCAGUGGCGGACUGUUAAAAUUUAGAAAGCAGAACGACUGGAAAGCUGCACACAAGAUCAACAUGCCUGCCGAACUACCUAAAAAUAUUAAUGUCAAGGAGCCGCGCUGGGACCAGGAGACGAUGUCUGGAAGAGCGAAGCACUUUUUUACUGUAACAGACCCCAGGAACAUUCUGUUAACCAACGAACAGCUGGACAAUGCGAAAAAAAUAAUACACGAUUACAGGCAAGGUUCUGUGUCACCAGGCCUGACAGAAGAUGAGCUCUGGAGGGCGAAGUACAUCUACGACUCUGCCUUCCACCCGGAUACCGGGGAAAAGAUGAUUCUGAUUGGCAGAAUGUCUGCCCAGGUGCCAAUGAACAUGACCAUCACAGGGUGUAUGAUGACCUUCUAUAAGACAACCCCAGCUGUUAUUUUUUGGCAGUGGAUUAACCAGUCUUUCAACGCAAUAGUAAAUUACACCAACAGGAGUGGAGAUGCACCCCUUACUGUAAGUCAGCUUGGUACAGCCUAUGUGUCUGCCACCACUGGUGCCGUUGCUACUGCUUUAGGACUUAAUGCACUAACAAAGGUAUUGAUCCAUGUAACUACUUUAGGUUUUGUUUGUUUGUUUGCCGCUGUAGCUGAUGCUAACUGUAUCAAUAUUCACACUAAUCAGCAAAGGGAGUUGAAAUACGGUAUUCCAGUCACGGAUGAAAACGAUAACCGGUUAGGAGAAUCAACAAAAGCGGCCCAGCAAGCCAUAACACAGGUGGUCAUCUCCAGGAUCCUCAUGGCUGCUCCUGGCAUGGCUAUCCCACCUUUCAUUAUGAACACUUUGGAAAAGAGAGCCUUUUUAAAGAGAUUUCCGUGGAUGAAUGCCCCUAUCCAGGUGGGAUUGGUUGGGUUCUGUUUGGUGUUCGCAACUCCCCUGUGCUGUGCGUUGUUUCCACAAAAGAGCUCCAUAUCAGUGACCCGCUUGGAGCCUGAACUACAGGAGAAGAUCCGAGAGACAAACCCUGGUGUGGAACGUGUCUACUUCAACAAAGGACUGUAAACACAAAGCCAUUUCAGUCUCCACAAACUACAUGCAAAGAAUGCAGGUUGUUAGGAAUUUUCAGUUUGUGUGCCAAAGUUUGAUUAUCAUUAGUUUUCCUUAAAGGUUUUACCCAGUGUUUUUUAAUGCCUUCACUGUUUUAAAACAUUUGAUGCAUGUCAGACCCAUGAAGGUUUAAAUUGUUUAGCAAUGACAAAGAACUGAAGUUAGACCCACUGUAUUAUCAUUCAUUGUUUACUAAUAUCUUACUUGCCAAAAAGAAACCAUGAAACUGAAAGGUCCUUUAGUUUUAUAUUUAACUAACCUAUUGCUGCCAAAAAAAAAAAAAAAAAGGAUUUUAUUACAAAAUGCUUUAUUUCAGAAUCUUUCUUUGUGAAUUUGUUUUAGAAGUACAGAUUUGUUAAAUAAACUAAUUGCCAAUGAAUCCAAAUCUAAACACAGCCCUUUAGUAAAAGAUUAAAAAAUUGAAUAAAUGAUUAAAUUACCUCAUAAUUGUACUGCGUUUUGGGGGGUGACAAAAUUUGUGUUUAAUCUUAGUGAUGGACAACAAUUUAUAACGUCUGUGGUCAGAAAUGCUGACAAUUAUUAAAGGAAGAGAGUCAUACGUGUAGAUGGCAAGUUACUUUAUUCUUAACUGGCAAUUGCACUGACUAUCAUAGCAUCAACUGAUACAAUGCAAAGCAAUGACCUACAUUCCUCCUCAAAUGAUUGUUUUAUGUGUACAUUCCUUUGGUUUCACUGCAAUGAUAUUGCCUAUAUUUAACCGUGUUAAAACAAUAAAAAAGCGUGUGGUGACUGUAUAAUAUAUCGACAGGUAGAACAAAAAAAAAAAGUGUCAAGAGAUAGUAAUAUUAAAUAGCUGUACAGUAAAUGUGGUGUGACUGUGCUCUGACUGAAUUUUAAACAGUUCGGGGGCUGUUAAUAUCUAAAAGAUUAAGGUCUAAAGCUAGGUUUUUAAAGCGUGAUUACUUUUUUUUGUCAUUUUUUAGCCACACUGUAGUAUAAAUCUAAUCCUUGUUUACACAGGCAAAAAAAAAAAAGUUCAGUUGUGAUUCUGUGCAAUAAGGAGCACAUUUUGAAACCAGAUCAUUUGAAACAUAUUUGAUUUGGUUCCAUAUCCUGAACUAUUUGGAUAAGUAUUGACUCUUUGGGGCAGCUACCCAAAAAUAGAAACCAGAUUUAAAAAUGAACAGUGGCUAGUUAGAGAUUUUAAUAACUUCUGUACCUUUUUUGGUAAAUGGUAAAUGAGCAUUCUGGUACUGUGCUGAUGUAUUGUGGUACUAUAGUUAUCAACUGCAGCACAAACACCAUUUGCCAUUUUUGUCAGUUAUCAUAUGUACCUUCGUGCCAGUGGUAUACUGAUUAUAACAAAAUUAUUAAGCACAAGCAACAAUGCAUGCAAUGCACACACAAACUACCGAUGGCACUGAGUACCAGUCUUUUUUUUAAAUUAUUAUUAUUAUUAUUAUUAUUAUUAUUAUUAUUAUUAUUAAUAAGGUGCUGAAAAGUUUAUGAUUUAGCCAAAAUGGUUUCUAAAAUGGUAAGACUUGGCCUGCCUUCUCGUGUUGCAUCUCUAAUUUCACUGCCUAAAAGAAGGGGAAAAGAAAUGACAUGUGCCAGUCCACUCUUCAAGAGUCAAACAGAUUGUUUCACGUCAAAAUCAAUGACAAGUUUCUUAGACCGAAGCAUUUGACCUUUUGCUUUCAACAGCCCUAAAUGAUGCCAGUUUCACUGUAAUAGAACAGUUAUCAAGAUCAAAAUAAUUGGUGUGACAACAGCUGCAACAUAUUUCAGGAGAUUUUUUUUUUUUUUUAAUUUGCCAGGGUGUGCAAUAAUAGAUACAAAUCUAGAAAAAUAAAUGGUUCUAUUUAAAUACGGUUUACGAUAAAUGUGUGAUGUAGAGACUUAAAUAGAGGGUUUAAUUUGGUAACGGAAUGUCUUGACAGUGUUUUGUUGUUAUUGGAGGUGUUGUGUAGAUUAACUGGAAGAAAUAAAGGUACAUUUCAACUGGGA